UGCUUAAAGUACUGCAUAUAAACAAGAUGUCUAUGAAGUGGCUCUCACUUCUGCUGCUGCUACAACUGACUUGCUACUUUAGCUCUGGAAGUUGUGGAAAGGUGCUGGUGUGGCCAAUGGAAUAUAGUCAUUGGAUGAAUAUGAAGACAAUUCUGGAUGAACUUGUCACAAGGGGUCAUGAGGUGACUGUUUUGAUACCUUCAUCUACCACUUUCAUUGGUUCAAAAAAACCAUCUUCUCUCAAAUUGGAGAUUUUCCCUGUAUCUUUAAUUAAAGAAGAAAAUGAGGAUUUUCUCAAACUUUUUGUUGGGAAAUGGAUGCGUGCGGUGAGAGAUUCCUUUUGGAAUCAUCUUUCAACAGUGAAAAGUUUAUUCUGGGAAUAUUCUGAUAUUUUAAUGAAGAUCUGUAGAGAAGUUGUUUCAAAUAAGAAACUUAUGACAAAACUGCAUGAAGAGAGGUUUGAUAUCAUUUUUGCAGAUGCUGUUGGACCCUGUGGUGAGCUGCUGGCUGAGAUACUUAAAAUACCAUUCAUGUACAGUCUGUACUCCUCACCUGGAUCUUCAGUUGAAAAGAAGAGUGGAAGGCUUCCAUUCCCACCAUCCUAUGUACCUGUUAUGUUUUCAGAAUUAAGUGAUCACAUGACAUUUAUGGAGAGGGUCAAAAAUAUGAUAUAUGUACUCUAUUUUGACUUCUGGUUCCAGGCAUUCAAUGAGAAGAAGUGGAAUCAGUUUUACAGUGAAGUACUAGGAAGGCCCACUACAUUAGUUGAGACAAUGGGGAAAGCUGAAAUGUGGCUCAUUCGAAACUAUUGGGAUUUUUCAUUUCCUCGCCCACGGCUACCAAAUGUUGAAUUUGUUGGAGGCCUCCACUGCAAACCUGCCAAACCCCUGCCUAAGGAAAUGGAAGAGUAUGUGCAGAGCUCUGGAGAACACGGUAUUGUGGUGUUUUCAUUGGGGUCAAUGGUCAGUAACAUGUCAGAAGAAAGAGCCAAUGUGAUUGCAUCAGCUCUUGCCCAGAUACCACAAAAGGUUCUAUGGAGAUUCGAUGGCAAGAAACCAGACACCCUAGGGCCCAAUACUCAGCUGUUUAAGUGGAUCCCCCAAAAUGACCUUCUUGGUCAUCCAAAAACCAAAGCCUUUGUAACUCAUGGUGGAAGCAAUGGCAUUUAUGAGGCCAUCUACCACGGGAUCCCUAUGGUGGGCCUUCCUUUGUUUGCUGAUCAACCUCAUAACGUUGUUCACAUGACGGCCAAGGGAGCAGCUGUCAGAUUGGACUUGGAAACAAUGUCAACAGGAGAUUUGCUCAAUGCAUUGAAGGAAGUCAUUAAUAAUCCUUCCUACAAAGAGAAUGUGAUGAGGUUAUCAGCCAUUCAUCAUGAUCAGCCUGUAAAGCCCCUGGACCGAGCAGUCUUCUGGAUUGAGUUCGUCAUGCGCCACAAAGGAGCCCAGCACCUGAGGCCAGCCGCCCACGACCUCACCUGGCUCCAGUACCACUCUCUGGACGUGAUCGGGUUCCUGCUGGGCUGUGUGGCAACUGCUGUAUUUGUCAUCACAAAGUGUUGCCUGUUUUGUUACUGGAAGUUUGCUGGCAAAGGAAAGAAAGGGAAAAGAGACUAGCUGUUUCUGAUACCUCAAGCAAGUUUGCCCCAUAGAUAGCACUCCUCCAGUUUAUUCUAGUAUAAGAAAUUAUGAAUAAUUUCCCAUCCUCUUGUGACAAAAUACAAACUUCACUUUCAAGGGAUUUUCUACCUGAGUUAGAUAUAUGGCUUGCCAAGGAAAAACACUGGCAAAAAAAUUAAAUGAAAAUAAAACUAUAAGCUUAUAUAUUGAAAUUUAUUACUUUACUUCUAAAAUUAUACUAAGAAGACGUUAACAAAUGUAAGUGUUUAACAUACUGAGAGUAAAAACAAGGACGAUAGCAAGUCUACUCAUAGCAUCCACAUUAUUUUGUAGAUAUUCAGAAUUCUUAACUUCAUUUUGAUGUAGAAGUUUUAGUUUCUCCUUGCUAUAGAAAUUGCUCAAUAAUUGGAAUUCUGUAAAAAGAUAUAUCUUUUAGUUUUAUUUGAGAGGCCAUUAACAGUUCUUCAUUUUACUGCACAUCCAGCCUCAGUAUCACUUCUUAAAGUUAUGGCAAGACAUUUGACUUCAUCCAAUUUAACUCAUUUCCCAGAAGAGUGUUUGUGGAAUUAGAAAUACAUCAACUGCUACCUACUUCCUAUUAUAAAAUGGAGAUAUUUGCAAAAAUCUUUAAUUUCAUGACCUUAUUCUCUUUUCUCAUUAACUUUUUAGCCACCUAUUAUUUUCACUCCUUUGAUAAUGAAUGUAAGUUCUCAAGUGUAUACUAAGAAAAUAUAUAACCUGUACUAUAUAUAGGGACUAUAUAAAGGGACUUAAUGAAUUUUCAUUCUCUCCUAAUGAACCUGAAUGUAUCUACA